AUGACAACGCCCAUUCAUGAAUUUCUGAUAGCAAUGUUCUUGUCUUUAGCCGUACGCAGAUGUCUUACGAUAUUGAGAGAGACAAAAACAUUUUUAUCUACAGUUACUGGACAAGAGGAAUUAGCUAAGAGAGGACUACCUCAUAAAUGGCCUGUUGCUGGAGUCAAACACGUGGUAUUAGUAGCAUCAGGUAAAGGUGGAGUAGGAAAGUCAACGACUGCAGUCAAUUUAGCAUUAGGAAUGUCUGUUGUUCAGAGGGGGUUAUCUGUUGGAUUAUUAGAUGCUGAUGUGUAUGGUCCCUCUCUUCCUAAAUUGAUGAAUUUAUCUGGACGUCCAGAGCUCUCACCACAAGAUAGAAUGAUUCCAUUGGUAAAUUAUGGCAUCAAAUGUAUGUCAAUGGGAUUUUUAGUAGAGGAAUCAGCUCCUAUUGUUUGGAGGGGAUUAAUGGUGAUGUCAGCUAUUCAGAAAUUACUUAGACAAGUGGACUGGGGAGAACUAGAUAUACUAGUUAUUGAUAUGCCACCUGGUACUGGUGAUACACAAUUAACUAUAACACAACAGAUCCCUAUAUCAGGUGUUGUCAUAGUAACCACACCUCAAGAUUUAGCAUUGGAUGAUGCCACACGAGGAGCAGAAAUGUUCCGAAGAGUUAAUGUUCCUGUAUUGGGUGUGGUCGAAAACAUGAGUGGAUAUAUAUGUCCAAAAUGUGGACAUUUGUCUAAUGUUUUUGGAAUGGGUGGAGCUAAAAAGAUUGCCCAACAGAUAAAUGUGGAGAUUUUAGGGGAAGUUCCACUUGACCUAAAUAUUUGUAAGACGUCAGAUAAGGGUCAGCCCAUAGUAGUGUCUAGACCCUCUAGUCCACAGGCUACUGUGUAUAAAGAUAUUGCUACAAGAGUUCUUGAAUUAUUACCAUCAUAUCAGGACCCCUUCCCACAAAGACAAUAA